AUGACACCUUUGAGCGCUGCUGCAUCGAUCCGCCGUUCCCCUUCCAUGGAAAGUCUCAACAGCGGCAUGUUUUCGUUUUCCGAUUUUGACAUGAACAACCGAGCGUCGAUUGAUAUUGCCAUGGCGUUGAUUGCCACUCCUGGACGUGUGUACCGUAGUAAUGACGACGAGGACUUGCAUGUGGUAAGUGACAGUAGUGAUGGAGAAAGUGACGAUGUUUCCAUUGCUCUCAUGUCGCUCGGUGCCAUUUCUUUUCCUGUGGAAACGCAAGAAGACGGCUUUGGCCUUGUGGUGGACGACAAUGGCGAAGACGUGGAUGAGUACGCCAUGAACCACAACAAUCAGCCGGCGAGCGACGAGCAGGAGAUUCCAGUGGUGGAUUUUGUGCCGGACACAUUCGAACAGGCUGCGGAGGAAGAAGAAAAGCCCUUUGGGAAUGUUUGCCCUGAUCUCUCGUGGAACAAGCUCACCGUCAAGAAUCUCAAGGAAGAACUCAAGCUGCGUGGAUUGAAGGUGUCAGGACGCAAGGCAGAAUUGGUAGCUCGAUUGGAAGCUUCCGACAUUGAGUUGGGAUUCGCUUAUGAAGAAGAUGACGAUGAUUCUUGGGCGUCGACCAAGGACGGCAACAAGGCGAACAAGUGCACACCGACUGCCAAUGCCAACAACAACAACCAGACGAGCAUCAACACCAACAAUCAGCAAGUGGACGACGCAGUUUCCUCUGCCAGCAGUGACAGCGGUGAUGGAGAAGAGACGUACGAUGUCGAACCCGCUCAUUCAUUCCUGCAAGUGUUUGACGAUCGUGUGGAAGCCUACACCAUUCCAAAGUUCGUGGAGAAUGCCGUUGCAGCAAAGGUGAGUGACAAGGACUGGCAGCCACUCUCCAAUGAAGAACGCGAAAUCUUUCGAUUGGGACCCCUCGGUGGAAUUGUUGUCUUGCCACCACAUCAAACGCAAAAGAAGAACGACGAUGUCAUUCCUCGCAUCAUGUUCUACUUGCAAUGCUGUCAGUCAAAUGGCAACUUGUUCCGUGCCUGGUGCCGCGUCGUCAAUGAAUGCCAAAUGGAACACCGUCGUCUCUCUCAAAAGGCCGACUUGCAGGCAAUGAUCAUUCAAGGAUUCAUCCAGGUGACGGAUGAAAAGACGUUCCUUUCGGUCUACCAAAACGCCAUGGCACUGCCAAAGAAGCACUAA